UUCUCACAUCUACCAAACAGCCGUCUCAUACGACCAGCACGCGCCACUGGCAGCAGCAAUAACAAAUAUGACGAUGUGCCCGAGUUCGAUAGAAAGCAAGUGUCUUUGGAUUUCCCCGAUGAGCUUUUUAACAAAUCGUUUGCAACUUUGACGAAUAUUUCCAAGUCUUUUUCGCGACUUAUUAUGAACUCCGCGCGCCGUUACUCGCGUUUUGUUUUGUUCUUUAAACCCAUCUUUGGCGAUGCUUUGGUCGUCAAAGGCUGGGAAGAUCCAACGACGACAACAACUACACCGAGAUCAACAACAACAACAACAGCAACUUCAUCUAAUUCGUUUGAUAAGCAAAAUGAAGUAUAAUUUUUAAUUUGAUUUCAAGUAUUUAUAUUAAGUAAUCAUUUAUUUUAAAUGAACUUUAGCACCACGAAUUUGGUUUUGUUUCAUACACAUCAAAUUUGAAUUGAAUUUCGUUGCACAUUUUAAGCAUGCUAAGUAAAUAAAAUUGAAAUAUGGCGAUUUGGGUUAUGGAUGUACAUAGUUUUGUUUUCAGUUGAUUCAAAAUUAUUUUAUAAAGAUGAUAAUGUACUCAUCUCAUGCUAAAUUUUGUUGUAUUCCUACCUAUUAUUCCCCACAGAUAUACAGUCAGCCAACAAAAUUUAAGUUCGUCGAAUUUUUUGCAAUACGGGCAACUAUUUUUUAAAUAUUUUAGUUUUCGCUAAUCUUUUAU